AUGAUCGGCAUUCUGGUUCGAAGCUUUGAAUGCGGGCUCGAUAUUGAACCGAAUCACCAGCUAAACUUGUUGGAGAUCAGAAAAGCUCCGAAGGGAGACAGAUUUUAUAUCUCCAACAAGUCCAAUCGCCGGAUCAUAGGUGGUUUUCCAAGCAAGGAUCAGUUUUGGACCGAGCGCUUUUUCUAUGUCUUGGUGAACGAGGCGUCAGUUGGCGAGGAUUACGUUCAAAAAACCAAGACCGCCUGGGGACCACUUGGUAGCCGAUCCGAAGCUUUGCCCCGGCUCGGAACUUUCGGAACAUUCUUCCCCCAGUUCCCGACGACCUCUUUGUUGUCCGAGAUUCUCUUGCGGCUCGGAGACACAAGGGAGAAAAUGGUGAUCAUUACUCUUAGAGAUAAAAAGAGGCGUGAAGAAGAAGAAGCUGCGAGACGAGCCGCUGAGGCGGAUCAAACGGAGGCCGAGGCUGUUCCUCAAGAUGUUCUGCCGAGCCGUGAUGGUGAGGGCACGUCCCGAGCUGUGGGGGCGAACGUUGCCGAGGUGAACGAGAAAGAAGUGGCGCCCGAGGUGGAACCGGGUGAAAUCAUUCUUGAGGCGCCCAAAGAUGACUCCGCGGCGCGGAGUAAAACUCCUUCCAACUCUGCUAUCGUGACUCUUCCGAAGUCGUCGAGAUCCCCGGCUUCGCAUCUUCAGAAGCACAAUUCCGGCCGAAAACGUUCGGCCGCUGAUAAAGGGAAAAGCGUGGCUGUUCAGAAAGAUGAGCCGCCUAAAAAGAAACGCAAACUGGCUUCCGGAGAUCCCGCUUUCGCGCAAUUGGAUGUCGACGACCCAGACGCUUCGGCGGUGAAGUUCUCGCGUGUCAACAAUGCUAACACGCGUCUUCCUCCUGAGAAGCUUAGGAGGCCAAGGUCCUAUGGUGCGAUGGCACAGCGCGGCACCAAGUUUGUAGCGGCCAUAAACGAGCUGAUGGCUGAGUACGAGGCGGACCUGUCCAAGGCAUCCUUGGCGUAUCGAGGCCAAGGAUGCCUUGUUUGA